UCGUUCCUUGGUGUCUCUGCUGUAACAUGGAUCUCUGGCAGGGUCUCCUGAUCUGCUUGCACUGGGCUACAGUGUGUUUGCUCAUUGUGUUGUUGUGCCUUUUCUUGGCUUAUCUCUGCUACAUUCACUACAUCCACCUGAAGUAUGAUCACAUACCAGGUCCUCCCAGAGACAGCUUUUUCUUCGGACAUGGUCCCACACUUCAAAAAUCAAUGGAAGGUUACAAAAUGAUCCAUGAAAAGUUCCUGGAAUGGAGUGAGAUGUAUGGACCAAUCAUUCGAAUUAAUGUUUUUCAUCGUGUGUCAAUUAUUGUCACACACCCAGAAGCAAUAAAGGAAUUCUUAAUGUCACCAAAAUAUCCUAAAGAUCCUUACACAUACGAUCUCCUGUUCAACCUCUUUGGUAAAAGGUUUUUGGGGCACGGCCUGUUGACUGAUACAGACCACCAACACUGGUACAUGCAGCGCAGGGUGAUGGACCCUUUCUUCAGCCACUCGUACCUGGUGGGGUUAAUGGAUGCGUUUAAUGAGAAGGCUGAGCAUCUGAUGGAGAAGCUGAGAGAGUUGUCUGAUGGUGAAACUGCAGUGGGAAUGCACAGUAAGCUGAACUGUGUGACACUUGAGGUUAUCACAACGGUGGCCUUUGGGAUGCAACUGAACUUAUUGGAUGGUACCGAGACUCCAUUUCCACAGGCAAUAUCAAUGAUUCUGAAAGGGAUGUCACAAUAUGUUCAGAAACCAUAUAUGCAGUACUUGCCUUGGCACUGGAAGUUUGUGAAGGAGGUGCAGGACUCUUUAGAGCUGCUGCAUGCUACAGGGAAGCAGUGCAUAGAGGAGAGGAAGAAAGCUGUAGCAAAUGGAAAGGACGUGCCGAAAGACAUCCUGACACACAUCCUCAAAAGUGCAGAAAAAGAAGGGGAAUACGACGAUAGCCUGAUGCUGGACAACUUCAUCACUUUUUUCAUCGCAGGGCAAGAGACAACAGCCAAUCUGAUCUCAUUCACCAUCAUGGAGUUGACACGGCAACCUGAAAUAACAGCAAAGCUACAAGCAGAAGUGGAUGAAGUUGUUGGUAUGAAGCGAGAUGUUACUGCUGAAGACAUUGGCAAAUUGCAGUACCUAAAUCAGGUAUUGAAGGAAACUCUUCGGCUCUACCCCCCAGGACCAGGAACAAGCCGUUGGCUGUCAGAGGACAUGGUCAUUGAAGGAAUAAAGAUCCCCGGGGGAGUUUCUGUUAUUUUCAACACCUAUAUCAUGGGCCGAAUGGCCAAGUUUUUUGAUGACCCUCUGACCUUUGACCCCGAACGAUUCAACCCAAAUGCUCCGAAACCCUACUACUGCUAUUUCCCUUUCACUUUAGGAGCACGUUCCUGCCUUGGUCAGGUGUUUGCACAGAUGGAAGCAAAGGUGAUUUUGUGCAAAUUCCUGCAGAGGUUUGAAUUCCAACUUGUGCCAGGCCAGACUUAUGAAAUUUUGGACACCGGGUCUCUCCGACCCCGGGAUGGUGUUGUGUGCACCUUGACACCAAGAUGUUAAUUAUCCAAGAGAGCAAGGCAGCCCUUUCCCAGCAGAGAACUGAGUGCAAUGAGGGAGGAACCUUUCUGGAGAACAUAUACAGGCUGCCCAGCACCUCCUGUGCAAAACAGUUCCAAUAGAUCCACUGGAAAAUCACAGUAA